CCAAGGGAGGAGCGGCUACUUCCUGGAGCCGCCAGCCGAGGCCGCUAGUUCUCCCCAGUCUGCAGCGGAGGGUGGGCACCGGGUGCUGACCUCGCUACUAUGUCCCAUCAGACCGGCAUCCAAGCAAGUGAAGAAGUUAGAGAUAUCUUUGCCAGAGCAAGGAACGGAAAAUACAGGCUCCUAAAGAUUUCAAUUGAGGAUGAGCAACUUGUGGUUGGAUCUUAUAAUCAGCCUGCAGAGACAUGGGAUAAAGACUACGAUUCUUUUGUUUUACCACUACUAGAAGAGAAACAGCCAUGCUACAUAUUAUACAGAUUAGAUUCUCAGAAUGCACAAGGAUAUGAGUGGAUCUUCAUUGCAUGGUCUCCAGACUAUUCUCACGUUCGUCAAAAAAUGUUAUAUGCAGCAACCAGAGCAACUCUGAAAAAGGAGUUUGGAGGUGGUCAUAUUAAAGAUGAAUUAUUUGGGACAAUGAAGGAAGAUGUUUCAUUGAGUGGAUAUAGAAAAUAUCUGAUAUCUCAGUCCUCCCCGGCCCCAUUGACUGCAGCUGAGGAAGAAUUACGGCAAAUUAAAAUUAAUGAGGUACCAUUGUAUCACGUUUCAGGUCCAACUGAUGUUGGUGUGGACACUAAGCACCAAACACUACAAGGAAUAGCAUUUCCCAUUGCUGGAGAAGCUCUUCAAGCUUUGGAAAAACUGAAUAACAGACAGCUCAACUAUGUACAAUUGGAAAUAGAUAUAAAAAAUGAAGUUAUAAUUUUGGCCAACACAACAAAUACAGAGCUAAGAGACUUGCCAAAAAGGAUUCCAAAGGAUUCAGCGCGUUAUCAUUUCUUUCUAUAUAAACAUUCCCAUGAAGGAGACUAUUUGGAGUCUAUAGUUUUUAUUUACUCAAUGCCUGGGUAUACAUGCAGUAUAAGAGAACGGAUGCUUUAUUCUAGCUGCAAGAGUCCUUUGCUGGAAAUUGUAGCAAGAAAACUACAGAUAAAUGUAAUUAGAAAGAUUGAAAUAGAUAAUGGAGAUGAAUUAACUGCAGACUUCCUUUAUGAAGAAGUACAUCCAAAGCAACAUGCACAUAAGCAAAGUUUUGCUAAACCAAAAGGUCCUGCGGGAAAAAGAGGAAUUAGAAGACUAAUUAGGGGACCAGCUGAAACUGAAGCCACUACUGAGUGAAAUUUUUCACAUGCACUAGUAAUACUAAGUAUUACAAGACCAGCUUUUACAAAGUCUAGUUUUUAGUACUAGAGAAUGUUAAUCAUUACAUAUGAAUGUGGAAUGUUCAGAAAAAAAAUUUUCAACAAGACAAACUUUAAAACAGUUUGUUUUCAACUUGAAGCUAUAAAAACAUGGUAACAUUUCAGUUUUAGAACAUCGAGUUACAAAUCAACACUUAAUUAGCAUCAUCCAUUUUAGUGCUUAAAAUUGCAUACCAUUAGGCUAAAUUUAGGUAUUUUUAAUGACAUAAAGAAAAGCCAUUCUACUCCCACUCUCCCCCAAACAUUCCUCCCAAGACAGGCUAUACUUUUUUUGUCCCUAAUUGGACAUCCAUUUGAUUUCUCUUUAAACCUUUAAAAAGAGGAGAGAAGACAGGAAAUAUGUCUAUUACUUAAUGAAUUUGUUAAGUAAAAAGUUAUUUUCCAUUCUGAAAACAUUGGUUUGUGCCUGAUAGAUUGAAAUGUAUCUAUUCAUUUUGGGGAGCAAUAUCAGCUCUUACAGAAAUCUAGGAUACAUUCAUGAUCUUUUGAAAUCUCUAAUAGUUUGUGAUGUAUACUUGACUUUAUUUUGUUAAUAUUGUUGUUGCACCAGAUUGAUUGAAUUUGAAAAUUUUAAAUGAUUUGAUAAAUUUCAGCAGUGAAUGAUUUCUUCUUACAUUUUUGAAAUGUUAAGUUUAAAUUUUUCUAGCAAAAUUAAUUUUUUUUUCUCAAAGCUGAUCGUUAUUCUGUGCUACACAAGGGAGCCAAAUGGUUAAAAUUCACAUUGAGUUUAAAGUUAAUGUCAUUAAGUCAAAGAAGACACAAAUCAUAAGAUCAACUGAAAUUUUGAAAAAUAACAUAUAUAGUAGUUGAUUUUUUUGAAAUUAUUGAAGAAAGUGUUUUCUAAUUUAUUAUCACAGUACUUGUACACCCUAAAGUUUGGCUUGAACAUAUUUGUUUGGCUCUAUCUUGUUUUAAACUGAUACAUAAUUAAUAGCAUUUUGCAGCUUCCAUCUCUGUAGAAAUUUUGGGCCUAAUUUGGAAGGAGUUAAUAACAUUUUAUUGCAUUUGAUCUGUAAAAAAAAUUGCUACAACCCAUAAUUUUCAGUUGGCUUCAGCUGUUUUCUAAAUGAACUGAAGUGAACCAAGAUUUGUAAUCUGCAGACAUUCACAUUUCAUAGUAUACACUACAAAGCACCCUGUUUCUAGAGUUCUAAAUUUUAUUGCACAAUUAACCAUUUUUGCACACAUUUAUUUUAGCGGUGAGACUCAAUAGAGACAUUUUGACACAGUUGUAGUAGGCUGACCAGCUGAAUUCUUAAAAACCAAAAGGGCAGUUUGUGGGGUUCUGUUUUUUUUUUACAAGUAAUAAUUCAGUUUGUAAUAGUUAAACAUGCUAAGUAAUUUACAUUCACACCAUGCACAGCAAAGAUAAAUUUUAAAUUUGUUUCGCAAAUAAAAAUCUGUAGCCAUUAAUAAGACCUACACUGAGUUGAUCAAUAAACUCCACUUAUCCUACAUGAAAGUAAAUGGAUAUUCUUGAAUAUGGUAUAAAUUUGUCUUAAGAUAAUUUUUUAGUUGUGAUUGUUGAAAAUUGGAAAAUGCAUAUGUUCUAGAACAUAACCAUGUGACUUUUAGUAUGUUCAAGGUAGUAUUUUACAAAAAAUACAAAUUUUUAAAAAUAAUUUAUACAAUAUCAGAGAAUUAUAUUAAGUACUUUUUAUAUCUGAAUAAAAACAUUUUCUCUCUGUUUUA